UGUUGCUAUAUAUGUGUAUCGAGAUGGUGCAACAGGAACAGCAACAGGUCCAACUCAAGCAGAAUACGCUGAGGUCACAAUCUGUCUGCAAACCCUUGAUGUAGACACAUCCUCUCUGGAUCCACUCAAAAACCCUAGCAGCAAUGGAGGAGUCAUUCCUCAGACAGCUUCAAAUGUGUCCAGCCAAACUGGAGGAUCUGUCACUCUGGAGUUCCAGCAACACCAGCAGAUGGAGAGGGAGAGUAUAGAUUUCAUCCAGUAGUACUUUAGCCAAGAUAAAAUAAUAAAAUAUGUACCUCACAAAGACACUGUUACAGUAUUCACCCAUAAAUGCAGAGUGGAGUUUAAUAAGGAGACCUUCUCUCUGGAGCUGAAGAACCUACAGAAGAGUGACAGUGGACUCUACAGAGGAGAGAUCAGUGCUGGAGGGAGAAGUUACGGUUGAGUUCAGACUCUCUGUUCACAAAGAUAAAAGGCAGUUCGGUUCUCAGUUUGUCCCUGAGCUAUAACAUUCUCUUUACACCCCAGAUGAAAAGCAUGGAGAGACUAUGGGCCCAAUGCUUGUGGCUGCUUCUGCUGGGUGUGCUGGUCAACAUAGAAUGUGAAACCCUUUCACUGGGCAAUUCGACUGCAGACAGUGUUAACAACACCUUCAACAGCACCACCAGUGCGUCUGGUGCAGUGCCUGGGAUCACCACAACCCCACUGCCGUCAGGAAACCAUACAGAAAACAGCAGCACUCUCACUAGCUCUGUGACUAGCGUGCCAGCCACCACACCUCCGAGCAACACCACCACUGACACUGAUCGGGGCAAUACCACCAGAGAGGUUGACAAGACAGCUACACCCACAAGAGUGACCAAGGACACUCACUCAGCGACCACAAGAGCAGUGGCAACUGCGAGCCAGCCAUAUCAAGAAGGUAACAAAGCAGGAUAUAUAAUUUUGAUAAUCAUCAUUAUAGCUGCAAUCCUCCUUGUGGUAUAUUGUUGCUUCAAACAGAACAAAAAAAGGAGAUACUCUAUUGACCUGCGCAAUAAGCAUGAGGACGCUGUGAUCCCGCUCAGCACAGUGGAGGCUGAUGCAGUGUUUGAUACUACGCCUGAGAAAGAGAUGGGGACCUUCACUGCCCAAGAAGCAGGUGCGGCCUCUCCAGAAGCUGCGGGCUUGGCUCCUGAGCCUACAGGGGAACCAGAACCUGCGAAGGGGGAGCCUGUGGCAGGAGAGGAGAAGGUCACUGAGGCCAAAGUCUCCGGCUCCCAGGAGCCACUGACCGUUGAUCAGAAGCCUGAGAAGAUGGAGGUGGUGGAUCUUACUGACGGAGAGCCCACCGUCUCCACCAAAACCUCUGUAGAGUCUCUGGAGGACCAGCUCAAUGACAACAACAGCAACAACUACUGCACUAGAGCUAAUGGGAGAGGUUUUAAGGGCAGUGUUUAUGAGAUCCUUCAGAGCGACCCAUUUUAGGAAACGCUGGCCUCCCGAUCCUGACCACAAUAGCUGAACUGUUCACCCUGAUGAAAAGGAUGUUGGAAAUGGACCUCCACCAAUUCAGUUCAAAUGUAGCCUACUACACUCUCUCCAACUCUUUAUUGUUGUUUUACUAGUUUCAUAUGCAAAUGCAAUUCAUUAUGAUUUAAUGUUAUUGAAUUUACAUUAUAGUAUUGGUCUAUGCUUCAGUAUAAUGUGGUAAUAUGUUUCCAGGUAUGCUUGUUUUAACUUCUAGUGUCAUUAGUAAUCCAUGGCAGGUGAGGUGUCUGGCUAUCAUCCAUCACUGUCAUAUUCCAGAUGAAUUUCUUUUGAUGUUGAUAAGGUUUUAGAUUCUUGCCAUUCCUAUGUAACUUUGCACAUUCCUCUGUCAUUUAGAAAAAAUAAAUAAAUGUUUCCCAUA